AUGUCAUUGGAAAGAGAAGAACCUACGCAUUUCGGAGCAGGCCCAGCUCAGCUCCCAACAGAAGUAUUGCAACAAGCUGCCAAGGAUUUAAUCAAUUACAACAAUCUGGGUCUCGGUAUUGGUGAAAUCUCACAUAGAUCCAAAGAUGCUACCAAAGUGAUUGAGGAUUCCAAGUUACACUUGAAAGAAUUGAUGAAUAUCCCUGAUACUCACGAAGUCUUCUUCAUGCAAGGUGGUGGUACUACCGGGUUCUCAUCUUUGGCCACCAAUUUAGCUGCAGCCUACGUGGGCAAAACUGGUACUAUCGCCCCAGCUGGAUAUUUGGUCACUGGGUCCUGGUCUUUGAAAUCUUACCAGGAGGCUAAUAGAUUACAUGUUCCUGCUGAAAUUAUAUUCAAUGCUAAGGAUUACCAUGGGGGUAAAUUUGGUUACAUUCCAAAGGAGGAAGAAUGGUGUGACAAAGUGAAGGGCAAGAAAUAUUCCUUUGUAUAUCUCUGUGAAAAUGAAACUGUUCAUGGUGUAGAAUGGCCUAAAUUACCACAAUGUUUAGUAGACGAUAACGAAAUUGAAAUUGUUGCUGAUUUAUCUAGUGAUAUUUUGUCUCGUCAAGUGGAUGUCUCCCAAUAUGGUGUCAUUAUGGCCGGUGCUCAAAAGAAUAUUGGGUUAGCUGGGUUGACUGUUUACAUUAUUAAGAAAUCUAUCUUGAAAAACAUUGAAAAGGCUGAUGAAACUCAGCUACAUGAAUUUGGUAUUCCAGUAACUCCUAUUGCAUCUGAUUAUCCUACCGUAGUGAAAAAUAAUUCCGCUUAUAAUACCAUUCCAAUUUUCACGUUACAUGUUAUGGAUUUAGUAUUCCAACAUUUGAUAAAGAAGGGUGGUGUUGCGUCACAAGAAGCUGAAAAUAAGACCAAGGCUAAGAUUUUAUAUGAAGCAUUGGAUUCGUAUCCUGAUUUCUAUAACAUGCCAGUGGAAAAAUCAUGUAGAUCCACUAUGAAUGUUGUAUUCACGUUGAAGAAGGAAGGAUUGGAUGACAAGUUUUUAGAAGAAGCAGGUAAGAGGAAAUUGACUGGGUUGAAAGGUCAUCGUUCAGUUGGUGGAUUUAGAGCUUCCAUCUAUAAUGCAUUAUCAUUGGCCACCAUUGAAAAAUUAGUCAAAUUUGUUAAGGAAUUUGCUGAAGAGAAUCAAUAA